CUCUUGCUCUGCACGGGUUUUCUCCCCGCCUUUCCGACGUGCUCUUGCAAGCCGCAGACGCGGGCACGGGAUGAAUCCCCCGUAGAUGCGUCUUUUGCAGACAAUCCUGGUGGAAUCCGAACCUGGAGCCGUUGCAGCCAGACGAGAACCCCAGCUCAAGAUCCAUCGAUCCGUCCUUCGGCGUCCUCAUGGAAUGGAUUCCAGCUUCCUCGGGAUCUCUCGUUCGGAGCCCGACGGAACCCGAGGGGUGGGAGGCGGCAGAGCCCCCGCCCGACCCGGCGAGGGCCACCGAGGGAGGGGCCGAGCUGUCCCGCGGGGCCUUUCCCAGCAACGGCUUACAGACAUGCCAGAAGUCUCCGCCCUGCCCGCUGGGCCAGAUGGCCUCUGGGGUGCCCCCAGUUCCAUCUCCUUCCUGUGAAAGCCAAGCCCCGGGGUUGCUUUUCGACCGGUCCAUCUCAGGUUCGUCCACUUGCUCGUCUUUGGCCAGUUCGUCCCAGGAGUCGGAUGACGUCUUCAGCGACAUUGAAGGAAAGACGGUCGCGACGAAGAAACGGGUGCUGAGGAAGACAAAAUCCUGGAAGACCUUUUUCACCAUGGUCCACUGGUCUUUGCGACGACACAGGUCCUGGGUGCAGCUGGCCGGACACGAAGGCAACUUCAAGCCCAGCGAAGGGGGCCAGAUCCUGAAGAAGUUCAGCGCCGUGGAAGAGGCGUGUCUGUCCGAACUGAUGACGGACGUCCUGCGCCCUUUUGUGCCCGCCUACCACGGGGUGGCGGAGGUGGGCGGCGAACGCUACAUCCAGAUGGACGACCUUCUCCGCGGGCUCCAGAAUCCCAGCAUCAUGGACUGCAAGAUGGGCACCAGAACGUACCUGGAGGACGAAGCGGGCAAGGGUCAGCUCCGGUCAGCCCCCCGACGGGACCUCUACCAAAAGAUGAUGAAGAUUGACCCCUGGGCCCCCACGCCGGACGAGCACAGCCAAGGGGCCGUCACCAAGCCCCGUUACAUGCAGUGGAGGGAAAAUACCAGCUCCAGCACUUCUCUAGGGUUCCGGAUCGAAGGAGUUACGAUCGAAGGGGGAGCCGUGCAACGGGAUUUCAAGCAGACGCGGAGCCAGGAUCAAAUCGUGGAGAUCUUUUUGCAGUUUGUGAAGAAUCGCGUGGAUGUCUUGAAGAUCUACUUGGCACGCCUGGAGAAUUUACGCCAAGCCUUGGAUGAGUCCGCCUUCUUCAAGAAGCACGAGGUUAUCGGGAGUUCCCUGCUCUUCCUCCAUGACCAAAAAGGCCAUGCCAGCAUCUGGAUGAUCGAUUUUGGCAAGACUCUCCCAGCGCCAGCCCAUUCCCACCUUCGCCACGACGUGGCCUGGACCCCCGGAAGCCACGAGGACGGCUACCUGAUCGGCCUGCAGCACCUGACCCACACCAUCCGGGCGACUCUGGCCAGAGCUGAGCAGAGUCAGGAGCCCGUCCCGGGGCCCUCGUGAGCCUGCGCCUCCCCCCACCCCCCGGGACAAAGCCAAGAGCGGCGGAAAAGGACCCUGCCCCAUCAGGUGGGCGACAUCUCUGGGCAAGGCAGCCGUGCUGCUUGGGGAGGGGGCAGCUGGGAGCGUCCAGGAAGAACUGCUUGGCCAAGGGAGCCGGGACCCUUUGCAAAAUCCCAGAUCUUGCCGAAACGCAAACUGUGACCUUCCAGCUGUUUGGAUUGCAAACACACCAGAAACACAACGCAAGGAGUUUGUGGCUAAUGAAUGUAACGGCAUUUCCUCUCCAGCCUUCAAAUUCCUUUUCCUGCUUCCACACACACACACCCCUCCCAAUUGCUCGCCAAAUGGGGGCAGGGGUCUCUCAUUGCCUGAGGCCAUUUUCAGGCCCCUCCGUGGUGGGGCUGACCCCCCCCCUUGGAAAGUAAAAGCAACUACAGCAAGGAGCUGCACAGAAUCAAAACUAAACGAAGAAACAUCGCAUAGUAGCUUAAACGUGAUCAAAGCCGGACUUUCGGGCGGGGAAAUUCAGACCGGGAUUGCCCGAGUUUAUCUGCGGCGAACCGAACCGUGGUUUACUCCGUCGGCCCAGCUUUGCAGUUUUGUGCAACCCACUGGAGCGUAAGCUGGCUGCAAAGGUUUGGACUUAUGCAGGGCUGGGUCAUUCGUGAGUCACUCUGUCAAGCCAACGCAGGCCGCAGGGUCCGUGUGUCGUGUCCCACUCCUCCACUGACGGCCGGGUCAGGGAAAUCCGAAUCAGGCUUGCCUCUGCAGCUCUGCCCAAAGUCCUAGCAAAGUCCUCAGAGCAGGCAGGAGACCAGUAAGUGACUUCAGCAAGAUAAGUUCGACUUUGCCUGACUCAGAGACUGCCAGAAAGCAGAUCCUUUAUAUAGGCCAUGGGGUGUGGCUCCAUGACUCAGCACUCAUUAA